AUCUGAUCCGUUCUGGUGGCUGGAUGACCUCAGCAACAGUCGAACAAUAUUUGCCCCGCCUCCUCGAUGAACUGCAGGAGUGUAACAGUGUAAUGUCAACCCCGCACAACGUGAAUUGUUACUUAGACUGACAGUCCUUGAAAACCGCACAACUUCGAGGCUAAACUCAAACAGAACCAGUUUUGAGUAUGCUCGGGAGACUCGCUGCUUCCAUGCGGCGGCCCGCUGCUGCUCCCAUGGCGGCGACGGCGGCGGUGCGAUGCUUGUCCUCAGGCUCAGUGGACAUCACGGUUCCGCUGAACUUCUGGGGUGGGAAGAGACGGGCAAGUCAAGAGAAAGGCAUCAAGGAAAAUGUUUACGAGCCUGCAACAGGACGAGUCUUGUGUCAUUUAGAGCCGUGUGGUGCUGCGGAGGUCAGUCAGGCUGUGGAGGCUGCGAAGUCAGCCUUUGGCCAUUGGAGCAAAAUGUCUGGGAUGGAGAGGGCAAGGAUCAUGAUAGAAGCUGCCCAUUUAAUGGAGAGCAGCAGAGAGGAAAUAGCUGAAAUGGAGGUGGUCAACAAUGGGAAGUCCAUUACAGAGGCCCGUCUGGAUGUGGACUCUGCCAGACUGUGUAUAGAGUACUAUGCAGGACUGGCCAGCACUCUGGCAGGCCAGCAUGUCCAGCUGCCUGGGGGAUCCUUUGCUUACACCCGCAGGGAGCCUCUGGGAGUCUGUGUUGGCAUCGGUGCUUGGAACUAUCCCUUUCAAAUAGCUGCCUGGAAAUCAGCUCCUGCCCUGGCCUGUGGCAACUCCAUGGUCUUCAAGCCAUCACCAGUGACGCCUGCGACGGCAGUCAUGCUGGCAGAGCUCUAUGCUGAGGCUGGAGCUCCAGAGGGGCUGUUCAACGUGGUGCAAGGUGGCCAGGAUACUGGCAGCUUACUCUGCCACCACCCGGAUGUCGCUAAGGUGUCCUUCACUGGAAGUGUGUCUACAGGAAAGAAGAUUAUGGAGAUGGCGUCCAAGGGGGUGAAGCCUGUGACUCUGGAACUCGGGGGGAAAUCUCCUCUGCUCAUCUUUCAGGACUGUGAUGUGGAGAAUGCUGUGAGGGGAGCCCUUAUGGCCAACUUCCUGUCUCAAGGCCAGGUCUGUAGCAAUGGUACAAGGGUCUUUGUUCAGAAGGAUAUUCUGCCUGAGUUUGUGGAGGAGGUGGUGAAGAGGACCCGGGCGAUUGAAAUAGGGGACCCACUAUUGGAGAGUACCCGAAUGGGAGCACUGGUCAGCCAAGCUCACCUGGAAAAAGUCCUGUCUUUUGUUAAUCAGGCAAAGAAAGAGGGAGCAACAGCCUUGUGUGGAGGUGAACCUUUUGUCCCAUCGGAUCCCAAACUUAGAGGUGGAUACUACAUGACUCCAUGUGUAUUGGGCGACUGCACAGAUGAGAUGACCUGUGUGAAGGCGGAGAUCUUCGGUCCUGUCAUGUCUGUGCUGUCUUUUGAAACAGAAGAGGAGGUGCUGAAGAGAGCCAAUGAUACCACCAUGGGUCUGGCUGCAGGAGUUUUCACCAGGGAUGUGAGGCGAGCCCAUCGUGUGGUGGAGCACCUCAAGGCUGGUUCCUGUUUCAUCAACAACUACAAUAUCACUCCUGUGGAGGUGCCCUUUGGAGGCUUCAAAAUGUCAGGCAUAGGGCGGGAGAACGGCCAGGUGACGAUUGAAUACUACUCCCAGCUGAAGACCGUGUUUGUGGAGAUGGGAGAUGUGGAUAGCUUAUUCUAAGACGGACACAUGGACAGGAAGAUGAAGCUGCACCGCUGACACAGAGGCUGAAACAGAUGGUCUGGACCAGAGCACAGAACACUUCCACCACAGAGGGAAACGUCAGAUCAAACAUGAGUAAUGAGAAACAAGCCACGAUGAAAGGAGUGCAAGUCUGUUCUGAACAUGAGCCGUGAUGUUUUUUAAAUGUUGUCUGAAUGUGAGGUCAACGUAACACUGAGGCAGUUGGACAUAAAUGGCUGAUGGUCAAAUUAAACAUUGAUUUCAAAUACUGAAGAAUAGUUGCACAUCACAUGAUUUGCACUGUAUGUUUUCUUGCCUAAUAUAUUUUAUCAUCCAUGUACAGAAUGGCUUUAUUUACAAUACACAGUAUAUUUUUAUAUAUGCUAAUUACUAAAAAAUGAAGCACUCUGAACAUUGUAUAUAUUUAAUUCAUUUAGAUUGUACAUAUCAUGAAGCUUUUUGUACAAUGUUGUCUAAAUGAAGAGCAGACGUUAACAUUCUGCCUUGUGGGUAGAGAUAAUUAUGUCAGGAACCCCUCUUAACACAGUUUGGUUAUCAAAUCAAUGGUAACAUAACAUUAAACAGAGUUUUACAUUGCAGAAAAAAA